GUAAGAGAGAAGGCCCGGCUAUUUGGGUGGCCGAUGUUAAAACUGUAGAAAGUGGGCGGGUACUUGGAGCGAUACAAAUUUCCAACUGGUCCCGUUGGUAUUAACAGACUAACGCGAGUACAGUGAUACCGUAACCCAUCCAGCGACGCGGCGUGAUUUUUCCACCUGCAGUCUUUCUGAGCGUGUAAACGAUCGCUACUUGAGAAACCAGUCAAGCCUGUGUUUGCCGGGUUUUCUCGCCAGGAAAAAAAGAAUUUCAACCAUGGAGGCUGCAUUGACUGUUCUGCGUGGACCCGUUACUGAGAAGGGGGCGAGGAAACCAAAGUGUGCACGCUGUCGCAACCACGGCGUUAUCUCGUGGUUGAAGGGACAUAAACGGCAUUGUCGUUUCCGAGAGUGCACAUGUCCCAAGUGUAACUUGAUUGCCGAACGUCAGAGAGUCAUGGCGGCGCAAGUAGCUCUGAAACGACAGCAGGCCGCCGAGGACGCCAUUGCCUUGGGACUAAGGGCAUGUUCACCUGGUGGCCCGUUCCCGCUGAUAACAGGGUCGAUGUGGACUCCUGAAAUAGGCGAAGGCAGAAGCGAAGACGACGAGUCAGACGAUAACGAAAACGACGACAACAGUGGAGAAACGAAUGAUAAAAACAAAGACGUUGGCAAGGACGGCGACGAACGGGAAUCUCCGAGCACAACGAGCACGCCGGAACUAAACACGGACUCCUCGUCACAUAGACAAAACUACAGUAACUAUAAUAACCUUGCGACAGCGAUUCCUCCUUUUCGCCCUGGUCGACUAUCUCAUAUAGAGAUCCUGGUUAGAAUAUUUCCCCUACAGAAGAAAACUGUUUUAGAAUUGGUUUUACAGGGAUGUAAUGGGGAUCUCGUAAAAGCCAUCGAGCAUUUUCUAUCGGCAAAUGACUCAGUUAUGUACGCGUCGCAUUUGUCGUCUUUGAAGACUUCGACAGCAUCUGAAAACUCACCACCGAAUCACACUUCGUUGGCAAAUUACGUUUACAAUAACACGUCUCUACGAUCGCCGCCGUCGCAGACAAUCAACGGGAAAGUACCCAUGGGCGGCGUCAAAUCAGCAUUCACGCCGCUACCAUCUCCACUGGGAAAUCCGUCGCCGAUGAGUUUCUCGUUUCCACCUCGAUUUCAUCCAUAUUCGACGGAUAUGCUUCUGGGCCGGUCGCCACUUUUUCCACGCUCCGCCGAUCACAACCUCUUCAGUUCAACAGUGACUCCGUUUCCGCUGCCAACUUUGUUUCCGAUGCCCCCUCCACCAUUACCGCCACAUUCGCUAUCCAGUAAGCUUCCAUCAAACAGCGCUUCUAGUAUUCUCUUUAGUCACCACCAUCCACCGGGCAUUCUAUCAUCACAGUGCCAUUCAUCGAGAGUUGACAUGAUGGCGGCCAGCUCAGACGGCAUUAGCGAUAAAUUGAAACUUUCUAGUCCGGGAUCUUCACCAUCAUCACCGAAUAUAGUGUUAAGUGAUAGGAAGUGACCCUUGAACCUGAACACCAUUCCUUUAAAACGCGUUUUAAUUUUGUUAUUUAUUGCAAGAGACUGUAUUAUCGGACAGUAUGACCCUUUUGUUAUUAUCGCUGCAAUUUGUUGGUCCACAUGGCAAAUAUAAUUAGGUUAUUUCAUAUGGGAUAUUUGACUUUGACGAGAGUCGUUACAUCACUUUUUAAGUCAAUUAGUUGUUGAACUUGACAGAGACCAACCAUUGGGUUCAUCAACGUUUACAAUAAUAACCGUAUCUAUAUAUAUAUAUAACAUCUCCAGACUGGUUAAAUUCCCACCUGCCACAAGACGUUUCAUUGGAUUGGCGACUUCAAAAUGUAUUCAACAUCUGGUUGGAAAUUUUAUUAUUUUGAAAUUGUAAAUGCCAUGUCACUGCCCAUCUCCACAAUGCUGCACAACUAAGGGAAACAUAUAUGAUAUCGUUCGUUUUCUAGACGUUUUUUUCGUGAUGAACCGAGAUGUACAUUUAAACUUUUUUUUUUCUUGUCACAUUUGGGAUUUCCUCAGCUUGUAAAUAUUUUGUCACGUGACGUCGGAGGGGGAAUCACGUGUCCCGUCAUCUUUGUGCAGUGCGUACGGCAAACAAAACUGAUGUGGUGCGACUAUUUGAUUUCUUGACAAUGGAAUAUUGCACAAUUAAAAGCUCGUCGCUUAUUCUAUUAUAUGUAUCGAAAUACGUAUUGAUUGCAUGUACAGUUACAUAAGUACAUGUCAGUGUACCUAGCAGCGUUUUCGUUUUGUCUGGUCUGGGUAUGCAUUUCCUGAGCCGUGUGCGCAGCACGAUGGAUUUGUCAGAUGUUCCCAUACUUUGUAGCCCUGUUCCAUUUGUUAUGUAUAUAUGAAUAAGCAAAAUCGAUGCGAUGAGCAGUGCGAUGCGAUGUUCCAUUGCCUUAUGUUAAUUUUGCUAAUUGAAUGUGCGUUAAUCCUGGGGAAAAAUCAAUUUUGUUUGCGUUGUCGGUAAACUCUGUCAUAUGUAUCUGAGAUGACGUUUACUGCUUUGUUGACAGAUAAAAUUUCCUACCGCUACAAUUGAUUUCUCUGUUGCAAAUCGAUAUUAGAACUGAGCGCACACUCGUGCGAUAAUAACCCUGCUAAAUACAGAAUAAUCACCUCGAAAAGUGACAUUGUAAUUGAAUUGUACAUUGUUUGUAGUACUUUGUUAUAAUGUGUUCAUUUUUAAUGACCGUUUUGUUGUUAAUGUACAUCGCAUGUAUAUUUCAUGUAUGGGCUUGUAUGUAUCUGAGUUUCUUUUGUGUCGCGUUUUACAAUAAAAGCGACUAGUAUCUUUAAA